GCAGUUCUGCCCACCUGUGCCCAUCAGUGCACCCACCUGUGCCCAGCAGUACCACCCAGCAGUGCCACCUACUUGUGCCCAGCAGUGUCACCCAGCAGUGCCACCUACCUGUGCCCAGAAGUAUCACCUACCUGUGCCCAGAAGUGUCACCUACCUGUGCCCAUCAGUGCAGUGCUGCUAGUCAGUGUCCAGCAAUUGUACCAGUCAUCAGUGCUACCUAUCAGUGCUGUCUAUCAGUACCCAUCAUCAGUGCCGCCUAUCCGUGACACCUCAUUAGUGCUGCCUAUCAGUGCCGCCUAUCCGUACCAU